AAGGUCAGAAGUAUAAAACAAGCAAAACAAUUCUCCAAUAAAAUCCCAAACCACCUUCUUUCUCUUUCCCUUCAAGAACAAACUGCAUUCGUCAUAACAUUCUUCUUCUCUCUCUGAAAGAAAGUUGACAGACAGACCACAGCCGCUGAUACUUCCAUUUCAAAGUUGGGCAGCUGAGAGAAUUAGAGUGAGAGGGCCUCCUUUCUCUCUCUCUUUCUCUCUGCGCUUGUGGGUGUGUUUGAGAGAGAGAGAAUUUUUUUUUUUGGAGUUUUCUUGGUAUAUGCAGAGUUUUGGGACCAAAGAUAAUUAUACUGAUAAUUACUCAUGGGUUUUUGUGGGGUUUUGAUGGGUGUUUGAAAUUUGUGAUAAAAGAAGAUGUUUGGGUGUGACUGUUUUCACUGGAACGAAGACCCUGAGUUCUACCCCAUUGAACCAGCGCCCUUUUCUCUGCCUGCACCGCUUCCAAGAUGGCCUCAAGGCCAAGGUUUUGCGGCUGGAAGAAUAUGCCUGGGAGAAAUAGAAGUUCUCAAAAUCAGUGAGUUCGAGAGUAUUUGGAGUUGCACGACAUUACAUGGAAGAGAAAAAGGUGUAACGUUCUACAAACCUGUAGGUAUCCCAGAUGGUUUUUUUUGCCUCGGCUACUAUUGCCAACCCAAUGACCAACCGUUGAGAGGGUUUGUUCUUGUGGCUCAAAAUGUGUCUUCUUCCAAGCCGGAAGUCAGUUGUGUCCAUGAAUCAGUACCAAACAUUCCAGCUCUUAAGAAGCCCCUUAAUUACACAUUAAUUUGGAGUAUAGAGUCCCACCAGGAUGGAGAUGUCUACUUUUGGCUGCCAAACCCACCUGUGGGUUACAAAGCUGUGGGCUUUGUGGUCACUAACAAGCCAGAUGAACCCAUGCUCGAAGAAGUUAGAUGUGUCCGAGCUGAUCUUACGAGAAAAUGUGAGGCAUAUGAUAUGAUACUUGAUGUGGAUAAAACCAAGUAUCCUUUUCGAGUUUGGAACACGAGGCCUUGUGAAAGGGGAAUGUUGGGCAGAGGUGUUUCUGUUGGCACAUUCUUCUGCAGCACCUACUUGUCAUCUGGAGAAGAACUAAGUAUUGCAUGCUUAAAAAAUCUUGAUUCCACUCUUCAUGCAAUGCCCAAUCUGAACCAGAUCCAUGCUCUUAUCGAGCACUAUGGGCCCACAGUGUACUUCCAUCCUGAUGAUGUUUAUCUCCCUUCAUCAGUGCCUUGGUUUUUCAAAAAUGGGGCACUUCUGUUUCGAGAUGGCAAGCCAGAUGGAGAAUGCAUCGAUCCUCAAGGCUCAAACCUGCCCAGCGGUGGGUCAAAUGAUGGGAAUUAUUGGAUAGAUUUGCCAUAUGAUGAUGACAAAAGAAACAAUCUCAAAUAUGGGAACAUAAAUAGUGCGGAGCUUUAUGUUCAUGUGAAACCUGCCUUGGGAGGAACCUUCACAGAUAUUGCAAUGUGGGUUUUCUGCCCUUUCAACGGGCCUGCUACCAUUAAGGUUGGUUUGGUGAGUAUUGCAAUGAGCAAGGUAGGGGAGCAUGUCAGUGACUGGGAGCAUUUCACCCUUCGCUUGAGCAACUUUACUGGAGAGCUCUGGAGUGUAUACUUCUCACAGCACAGUGGUGGUGUAUGGGUGGAUGCUUCUGACUUGGAAUUUAUCGAAGGCAAUAAACCAAUUGUUUAUUCAUCCAAAAGUGGUCAUGCUAGCUUCCCACAUCCCGGGAACUACAUACAAGGGCCAUCCAAGAUUGGGAUAGGAGUGAGGAAUGAUGCUGCCCGAAGCAAAUUUUUUGUGGAUUCGAGCACCCGGUAUCAGAUUGUUGCAGCUGAGUAUCUUGGAGAGGGAGUUGUUACUGAGCCAUGUUGGCUGCAGUAUAUGAGGGAAUGGGGUCCAACCAUUGUGUAUGAUGCACGAUCUGAACUGGAUAAGAUAAUUAGCCACCUCCCAGUGUUUGUUAGGUUUUCUGUGGAGUCCAUUUUUGAGUUGUUUCCUACAGAGAUUUAUGGUGAGGAAGGGCCAACUGGCCCUAAGGAGAAGGAUAAUUGGCUGGGAGAUGAAAGAUGGUAGAUUUGCAUUCUAAAAUUUCUCCAUUGUUUCUUGGCUGCCUUUUUAGAUUCCUACAUUGUUAACAUGAUCACAUCUCUUCUGAUAUAAUUGCAAUUCUCAGCCCAUGGACAAUCCUUGCGUGCUGCAUCAGGUUUGCCAGAGAACCAAAAAGUGGUGUGAAAACAGAUAAACCGGAGCCAUUUUUAGCCAGGAAAAUUGUACUAAUUUCCGAGCAAAGUAAUAAAAAAAAAAAAAAAAUGCUAUUCUUUUGUGUGCAAAGAAGGGUGCAGUCUCUUGGGCAGGUUUGUGUUUCACUGGUUGGAUCUCUUGUUCUUGGAUAACAAAAUGGUUGCACUGGUGAAGAUAUAUUGUAGUUGGUGUUUGCAGUGGCACCUUCAGAAUAGCUGGCUCUUGUAUGGUUCCAUUGAUUUCAUCAUCAGUUGGGAGUAUCAGUUUGUGGUGGGAUGUUUGUGCACGAGGCUGCAAGAAAAAGAAAAUCAUGCUCCCUUGUAAAGUUGUCAAAACUGGCAAUUAGAAAAUUAAUGCUCCCAAAGGAGCCAAGUAUUUGGUUGCUUCUCUUCUAUGUAACAGAUGAGUCUGCUGGUCUUUGUGGUUUUUCUUGUGAUUUGUGUUAUAGUCGUUUGGGAGAUGGUGAUUCAAUGCUAUACCACCGCACUUUACAUGAAUCAAUGGGGUAUGGUUUUGAUUGAAACUGUGUUCCAAACACUAUGUACUCUAGGGGUUGAUUUUCCUUUUCUUUUUUAGGCUCCCUUUGAAGUUUGAAUCAAGGAAAUCCCUUUUAACAAAAAGGAUGGGAAAUGAAAAGACAUUUAUUUUUUAUUUA